GAGUAGUUAAAAAUAAACCAACAACUACCUCUGACCUGACAUCACGAGAGUGGUCUAUCUUGCUUACUGAUAUCAACACAAACCAAUUUGCUCCGUGUGUUGACGUGAUCGAACAAAGUUAUCGUUGAAACAAUAAGUCAGAAGUGAUUACAGGUGACGUCCGCUGUACGCUACAGAAAGCAACGCCUACCAGAGUGAGACGAGACGCUAUCAGGUCGUACCCAGGCCCUGGUCCAGAGUAUCCGUGGAUCAUAUCCGACAUCGCAUUCCUCACACUGAUUUAGUAGAGUUAACAUACAUCCACAACAACAGAAAGUUAUCUUGUCAAGGUAAGCGAUGAUAAUUUUGAGUGAAGAACAAUCCUUCUAAAAAAAACAACUUUUAUAUUAACUUCGCUUUUGUUUCGUACGUUUCUGUGUUUAAGGCAAAAAUCUUCGGACGACCAAUUGACCCACUUCCUGUCACUUUAUUGUGCUGAAACUUGGCCCAGCCCAUAGACUGGUUUCCGACGAUAACACAUUGUUUUAAAUUUUCAGCCAGAACCCUCGACCCUAACCCGCAAAAAAAACAACAACAGUUUUUAACGCUUCCAGAUGCCACGUUUCCCUGGGCAUGGACCUGUCCUCCGUUUUCGCUUCCAGAUGCCACUGAUUUCACGAAAUAAAAUUCCAGAUCACUGCGCUAAAUGAGAUUCUUAAAAAUAUCGCAAGUGUCCUUGAUGCUUAACAUUUUCUUUUGUUUUAUGGAACUAGUUGGUGUAAUUAAUCUGUGGUGUGAAAGGGGGUGGGGAAAUAAGAAUAUUAAACUGGUUCAGGGGCGUGGGAAAAAAAUAUAGGGUUGCGAGGCUUUUGGGAGUUUGGGGGGGGGGGACGACGGACUAAUUGUGAAUCUUAUAAAGUGCGUUAUUUUAAUUGAUGUUUUGUCAAAUUUUUACCCCCGAUACCCACCCCAACGACCACAUGAUCGCAUUAACUUUUGAUUGCCCCCCUCCCCCUCCCACCAUCAGUUUUUCAGGGGAGAGUUAUAGGAAGCAUGUGGCAAGGAUUUCUUAAGAACUGGAGCCAUCAUCGCUAAGUGGCUUAAAAGUGCUUGCAAAAGAUGUACACCCAAAACAUUUUUUUUUUAAAGGGGUGGGGGCGGGGGGGGGGGAGGAAAAGUUUAAUUUGAACUUAUGAAGGCCACUUAAAGAGACAUGCGUUUCAAGGGGGACUAUCAGCGUAGGCGAAAAUUUUUGAUGUAGAAAUAGAAAAGAUUUGUCAUUGCAUCUAACAAUGGAAACGAAUGAUGCUAAUUUCAAAUAGUUUGGAAAAGAGGUCGCCUCAGGUGAAGUUAGAUCUGGGAAUCAAUCAAAAAUCAAAAGGAUGAAUUGUUCAAUGACGACAAGCUCAGGUGUCACUAAAUAAAGGUGAUCAUUAGAAUGGGAAAUCGGAAAAGGUAUUCAAAGUGCAAAAAGUAUUUUAACAUUGUCUUGUAUAUUUCUUUUAAUUACUUUUGAGGGAUUGAAAUUGUGAUUUAAUGUUGUCAUAUUUAUUUCAUUGGUUUUUCGAACACUCCUUGGUUAAAACAAAACCCCCCCAGCCCCCCCCCCCCCAUUCAGCCCUUCAGCCCUCCCGCAUCCCCCCCCCGACAACUUUUGCGUGUUAAAGUCUACUUUUAUUUCCACUAAUCGUAUACAGUCCAUGGCAUAAACACAGCAUCGAGGGUAGAAUCGUUUUGAACUUUGCACCCCCCCCUUCCCCCCCGCGAUAUGUCGGCCCCCUACUUCCACGGAAUUACAUUUAUAAUUGAUCCUCUACGCGUGUUGAAAACAGUAAAAUUCCUUUCAAUUGUACCCACCACCAUCAUUUGUUGAUAGAAGGAGCGUCCGACGCUACGCGACGCCAAGGCAAUGCUAGGGCGAUGUUAGGGCGACGCUACGGUGAAGCAAGGGCAACGCUAGGGCGAUAUUAGGGCGAUGCUAGGGCAAUACUAGGGCGAAAUAAGGUAGAUGCUAGGGGCGUAUUAUAAAGAUAGGUUCCGAAAACCUUUGGUUAAAUUGUGCCCCAGGGAGAAUUUCUAAUGAAUUUAGCGUACCCACAAGCCUUAAAUAUAAUAUAACUGACGAAUAUACUUAAGUUUAGAAUUCGUUGGGAUGACAGAAGCGAAACUUGAAAAUCAGGGCUCGUCAAACCAUUGGCUAAACUGUGUAAAAGUAGAAUUCGGCAUUCAUUCGGUGUGCUGCUAACAAGCUUUAAAUCUACCACAUGAGAUGAAUUCUUAAAGCCAGUUUUAAGGCUUCAAUCGCCUUCCGCGUGCUAGUGAAAAGCGCUUAGCGUGCGAAGUCAGGCACGCUUGCCGCACGUUGCUGACCCAUGUUAUUUAGGAUAGCUGUUACCAAAGAACAAUUCCCUAAUGAAUUCUACUAAUUGACGUUUGUUAUAUUCCAUUUCAAUAACAGUAUACCGGAGAAUCUGUCGGCAAGAAUGGCUGGUCAGCUCGUUGUCGCGCUGACCGUAGCGAGCUUCUUGAUGCUGGCAUACCCGGACAUGGUCUCGGCGACACCCGGAGCUUCAGCCCGUGGCUCAAACAGACGAUGGCUGGCAAAAGCGUCAGUCCAGCCGAAACUUGGCCUUUACAAAACACGACCCGUCCAGAGCACGAAAAAAACACCAGUGUCAACCCCAGCGGGGAUGUCUUCAUUUAAACACGGCUUACCCGGCCCACCCGAUGUCAGCAACACAAACCUGAAGACAAUGCAGCAGCUGGGAACUGUUGGAACAGGUGACAUUGGGAUGACACCUGAACGAGGUCCAUAUACAACUGAGCCUCAUGGUGGAACCACUGGACGAGGACCCUUUACAACUGGGCAUCAUGGUGGAACCACUGGACGAGGGCCCUUUACAACUGGGCAUCAUGAUGGAACCACUGGACGAGGACCCUUUACAACUGGGCAUCAUGAUGGAACCACUGGACGAGGACCCUUUACAACUGGGCAUCAUGAUGGAACCACUGGACGAGGACCCUUUACAACUGGGCAUCAUGAUGGAACAACUGGACGAGGGCCCUUUACAACUGGGCAUCAUGAUGGAACCACUGGACGAGGACCCUUUACAACUAGGCAUCAUGAUGGAACCACUGGACGAGGACCCUUUACAACUGGGCAUCAUGAUGGAACCACUGGACGAGGACCCUUUACAACUGGGCAUCAUGGUGGAACAACUGGACGAGGGCCCUUCACAACUGGACAUCAUGAUGGAACCACUGGACGAGGACCCUUUACAACUGGACAUCAAGAUGGAACAACUGGACGAGGGCCCUUUACAACUGGGCAUCAUGGUGGAACCACUGGACGAGGUCCCUUUACAACUGGGCAUCAUGAUGGAACCACUGGACGAGGGCCCUUUACAACUGGGCAUCAUGAUGGAACCGCUGGACGAGGACCCUUCACAACUGGGCAUCAUGAUGGAACCACUGGACGAGGUCCGUUCACAACUGGUCAUCAUGAUGGAACCACUGGACGGGGUGCCGUUACAACUGUACAUCCAAGCGAGACCACUAUGGCCUCAGUAAGUAAAGAUAACCAAACGGCAGAGGUUAAUAAUACAAUCUCGACGACAGCUAGUGGCCGUGGAUUCUAUGUCUGCCAAGAUAAAUCGGAGAUCAACGUCACCAAACUAUGUGACGGACUCAGGGACUGCCCCGAAGGCUCAGAUGAAACUUCCAUGAUCUGUCAAUUAUUAUCGGACGAGGACUCAUGUCCAUUAUUUGACAUCAGCUGUGACAACAUCACAAAAUGCAUUCACGUCUCACAGGUGUGUGACGGUAUAGACGACUGCGCUGAUGGUAAAGACGAACAAAAGUGUGGCCUCAUGUGUGCUGAUGGCAGUUUGUACGUCCCCCUUUCAUCUGUGUGUGACAACACAUUGGAUUGUUUGGAUGGAAGUGACGAAUGGGCCUGGACCGGAACGAACUGCAGCUGCUCAGAUUUCCCGUGUCCGACGGGAAAAUGCAUCUGGGCGCAGGAAAUCACCUCCGCUGGGGCUGAAUGUUGGGGAAGGAGGACGACACCUGUUGAAAAUAACGUGGAGAGGUUCUGCACCAGACAUUCGGAGUUUCUGUGUGACAACGACACCAACUGUCGCAUAGCCUCAGACAGGUGCGACAACUUCAUCGAUUGCAAGGACGGCAGCGAUGAAAUGAAGACUGAUAUUUUCGGCACCCCGGUGUGCGACUGUUCAAGUUUCGUGUGCCGCACCGGCACGUGCGUCCCCAUGAACAGAACAUGCGAUGGUGUCGAUGACUGCGGCGACCUCUCGGACGAAGUUUUGGCCGAAUGUACGCCUAACCGCCCCAAAAAAUGUUGGUCGCGUCCUUGGGACGACCCCUUCCAUUGCGGUGAUGGCAUGUGCAUCGAAAAAAUGUACAAAUGCGACGAUAGAACCGAUUGUUUAAAUGGGGCCGAUGAAUACUUCAGCGUGUGCUACCCAGAGCUUGCCUGCACACAAUUCAGGUGCUCCAAUGGCAAAUGCGUCCUUCAGUCUAUGGUCUGCGACGACCUCGAUAACUGCGGCGAUGGUUCCGAUGAGCUGUUCUGCACGGCGAAGACCUCCGACAUUUCCGAUGACGAUGACGACGACUUCAGCUGGUUUGGCGAUAACUUGGGUUUAUAUGUGGCGCUGGCCGUGUUCUGCGGGGUGGUCUUAUUUUUUGUGAUCGUGGCCAUCAUAGCGGCUGUGGUCAGAAAGAAUGUGAACAGAAACGCCAGGGUCGUGCGCUCGAGAGAUGUGCGCGCCAGGGUUGCGUACAUGACGCCGGUGUCUGCUGGCCCGCCGUCUUAUUCUGAGGCUGUGGGCGGAAGUCAGGGGCAGAGGAAAACGGAGUGCAGCUUUGUGAAUCCGCUCAGCUCCGGAAUGAAUACCAGCAAGUAAAGUGGACGCAUGUGGUUAAUGCAAGCAAGUAAA